AUGGCCGCACCAACGAACUAUGCUGAUGCCAACAUCAUAGACUUAGCCAGCACAAACACCACUCCCAUAAGAAUUGAGGAUAUCUACGAAAACAAGUACGCCAGCAAGCGGAACGAUGCCCUGGCAGCACAUCAGAUCGAGUGGACCAUGUUCGCCAUGCUGAAAGAUACAACUGCGAAGGCACCAAGAGACGCCUACAAUAGAGGCCUCAGUCUUGGACUCAAGAGUCCACCCGGGAAGAGAGGCCGCAUCAUCGUCCUACACGCUGGCAGUGAGGGCGGCUUCGUGCAAGGCGCAGCUAAAGUGUUCCGGGAAAAGAAGGGCACCGAUGACAGUCACCAGGAAAUGGACGGCAAGCGAUUCAAGAAGUGGUUCACAGAGAAGUUCUUGCCCAACAUCAAGGUCCACAGCGUGAUUGUUAUGGACAAUGCGUCUUAUUCCUCCGUCAAGCUCUAUGCCUCUCCGAGUAGCAGUAGGCUGAAGAAGGAUGUGCAAGGCUGGCCUACGCUGCAUGGAGUUACUUCGGAGUCUACAAUGUUGAAAGUAGAGCUGCUGAACCUUGUAAAAAUGGAGAGAGUCAAAAGGCCGGAACUGGAGGAAUGUCACGUGGACGCAAUAGCAGAGCAGCAUGGACACGUGGUUCUCAGUCUGCCACCUUACCAUUGUGAGCUCAAUCCGAUUGAGCUAGAGUGGAGUCAAGCUAAGGGCUACAUCGCAAGCCACAAUGUCACCUUCAAGAUUGUGGAUGUGGAAGCACUGACCCCAGUCACUCCCUAG